GAACUGCGGCUGCGAAGGGAGAAGUUGCUGGAUCAUUUUAAGAAUGCAGGAAAUGAUCUUUCCGAUGUCGAUAAGGAUUUUAAUGAUUAUCUGCGGCUUUUCGCGGGAUUUCUCGUGCAAAUUGACAAAAAUGCAAUCGCAGCUGGGGACGACCCGACGAAAGGCAUCAGUAAACUUGCACCAGUGCAGAGGUAUCAAUGGGGUCACUCUAUGCUAGGCACUCUUGCUACGGAGAUGUCAGACUCCUGGUUCGAAGCUUUGAAUUUGAUAGAUUGCAUGGCCAUGUGGCUCUCUAAACACGCAGCGUGGGUUGCUGGCAAAGAUGACGUAAAAGAAUAUGAAGCAAAAGAGUGUUUAACAUGUCUCCGUCGAGCAGCUGGAAUGUUCUCCUAUGUUGGGGCGCAUAUCGGCAAGUUUGCAUUCACCAUAUCAUUUUUAUCGUUUCUUCUGGCGGAUCUGAAUAUUUCGAUUAUUAUUUUGGAAAGUUCAGGGCGCCUGUCCGGCACUGGAGACUUUGAAGGAGCAGAUUUUGAUCCAAAAGUUGGACGAGCUUAUGAGCAGCAGGUAAUCAUGUUGGAUUAG